GCGGCUCUAGUCGCACGCGUGCGAGAGAGACGAUCACGACGAUACUCGGCGUGCGGUACUUUUCUUAACUGACGCGGAACGCGCGUCAUACAUAUAUUACAUGCGACAGUGACCAGCACAUGGUUGUUCCUCCGUGGUGAUUCCGUGCAAGAUUUUUCGCGAAGAGAUCGAAAGUAAAUUCGCGUUCGCGCGCACGUCCGAAGGAAAAUUAAGUUGACGAGACGACGAGGCAUUGUCCUGUUCCGAAAACAGAGAGGACAGCGAGCUCCGAUUUGACUCUGUCUUCUAAAUCACAUUCCUUAGGAUAUACGCGCUUCAUAACGAUCUCUCUCUCUCUCUCUCUCUCUCUCUCUCUCUCUCUCUCUUAAAUAUCCACGAGAAGACGAAGAUCUCGAAUUUAAACGCCGAUAGUCACGCACGGAGCACUCGCGCGAGAAAUCGAUUCGUUCUUUGAGGGUGACCGACGGUGGGUUUCUUGUGGAAUCCAUGAAUUAGUAUAAGGGAGAUCAUUAGCCAAUACGCCAAGGAGUGGUGAUCUCGUGAGGACGUUUGACUCCCGGAUAACACUGAUGAAGAUCCAGGAAGCAUCAUCUUUUGAUAACAACUUAGAGAGUAUUCUAUCAGGGUGGCUUCACGAAGGAACGACGCCUCGUAGCAUGUCGGCUAUUCGUAUCAACGUGGAAGAGGUUUCCAACAGCGGCCAGGGUACCAUUAGAGACAUCGAGACGACGGCGGUAACUACUGCCAACCCGCUUUCCUGGCACAUCCCAAGGCCGUCCUUGGUCGGACGGAGUGAGAGAGACAGCGAAAAUGGAAGUUGGGCUCAUCACUUGCAUCCAAACUCCCCCUCGAGAGGGUCGACGUCGUCUCAAGGAUCCACUGCCAGUACACACAGCGCCGCGUCGGGAACGUUGCUACUCACGGCCGCGAAUCUGGCGAACCUCGCCGCUAUACAUCCACCCACGGUAACGGCACAAAAGCAAAUGGACACUGCCUCGGUGGCCAGUAGCACUCACUUCACAGUCGUGAACGGUCUCGGCAGACCGACCACCGUCUACAGGAAGUCUUGGUGCGCGCGAAAUCAGCUCACUGUUCUCGUAUGCACUAUGAGUUUUCUGUUUAUGGUCGGUCUGCUCGCCGGGAUUCUUUACAUGGAAAUGAGGGCUCGCGACAAGUACAACUAGGCCGAGAGUGAACGAGAGAAGGGAGAAAGAAACGGCAACAACACGUGACCAUGAAUGAUGAUCAUAGUGAAACGAGCAACGAAGGAAAUGAUUACUUUAGAGAGAACGGGAAAAAUCAUCUUCAUGAAGAUUAGAGAGAGAAAAGGAAAAAUGUACGAUCCAGUCACGAUAUUAAUUUGAUUUACUCAUUUAUACGUAUAUACAUUUACGUUGUAAGCUAUUCAGGCCGUUCUCAGUUAGUAGACGUUCCCGAUUAGAGUCUUAAGCGUAUACUGUAUAGAAUCUUAAGUGUAUUGCACCGCGACAAAAGUGUGGUACGUGAAAACCAGUAAUUACAUUUGUGUAAUGAGCGACGUACUGUUAAGGGAUUGACGAGAUCCUCGUGAUGGGAUAGCCUUGCAUAUUUAUGCUGGAAUUUAACGGAUUUUUCGGAUCGUACUGCGAGACACGAUUCGAUGAAUAACGUAAAUAUUUUUAUGUUAAUUAACUUCUUACCGCGUAGAGCGUGUCAUAUAGAGCACAAGCAACUUUCUCUAAAAUUUCUUUA